UCUAUACUCUUUGACUUUGUAAAAUUCCUAUCUAUCAAAUCAAUUAUUUUUCCCGUGAAUUUUCAAUUCUUGUUUUGGUCGAUUUCUUAGUGGUAUUUUUUCCACAAUGAAUAAACUUUUAAUAAAUAGGGCUCAAAUGCUCUUACUGACAAGAGGCAUGUGUGUGCCUGCUGGUGCAACUGGAACUACUUCAGCACCUAAAAAAGAAGACCGUAUGAUGUCAAGAAAAUUUAGACCUUCAAAUUUUCAGAAAACUAUUCUCGUUUGGACGAAAAAAUUUAAAAGCAAGGAAGAAAUACCUACAUUUGUGUCUGCGGAAGUAAUUGAUCGUGCACGAAGUGAAGCGAGGAUAAAGAUUUCGAAUGUUUUAAUGGUCCUUACUGCUCUCGCAAGUUUAGGAGCAGUAUUAGCAGGUAAAUCGGCUGCUAAAAGAGGUGAAUCGGUACACCAAAUGAACUUGGAUUGGCACAAGAAGUACAAUGAUGAGCAAUCAGCUAAAGCGGAAGUAGGAAAACCUACAAAUUAAUUAAAAUUCACUGGACAAGCAAUUGCAAUGCUAUAAUUGGUUUAGGUACAAGUUUAUUAUAUUUUGUAAAGUUUUAGUUAAGUGCAGAGCUUAAUAACAAUUAUUUAUGUAA